AUGGGCAGUUUGCUCUCCAAGCUGGGAGAGUUGCUCAAGGAGGAGUACAACCUGCAAAGGAGCGUGAAGAAAGACAUCAGAUUCCUGUCAAGAGAGCGGCCGAUGAUGCACGCUGCUCUACGCAUGGUAGGCGAGGUGCCACUCGAUCAGCUAGACGAUCUGGUCAAGAUAUGGGCACGUGAGGUCCGGGAGCUGUCCUAUGACAUGGAGGACAUCGCCGACACCUUCAAGGUGCACAUCGAGCAGGGCUCUCAGCAAGCUGACCUGGGGUGCACCCAAGGGUUCGCGAGGAAGAUGGUGAACUUGUUCAAGAAGGGCAGGUCCCAUCGCCAAAUUGUCAAUGAGAUCAAAAACAUUAAGGAUCGUGUCAAGGAGGUGGCAGAACGGCGUGAUAGGUACAAGGUCGAAAGCAUUUCUGCUAGUUAUGCACAAGCCACAGCCACUAUCGACCCUCGUCUAACAGCUCUAUUCAAGAAGGUCACCGAGCUCGUUGGCAUAAAUGGGGCAAGGGACAUGCUAAUCAGGAGGCUUUCCAAAGGUGCGGGUGCAUUCGACGAGAAACUCAAGGUUGUCUCUGUCAUUGGAGUUGGAGGAUUGGGCAACACAACUCUUGCCAAAGCUGUUUAUGACAUACUAGCAGCUCAUCAAUGA